AUUCGCAUCGUAUCCGAGUGCACGUGUGACGCGGUCGACGUAAACAUACUUGUAAUUGUUUCGGGCAACGCUCCGCCGCGACCAUAGCGACAAAUAGAGGAUCUACACAUUUUCUGACUCAGCCGUCCAGCGAAGUCCGAGAAGUCCUAAAACCGGGACACCAGCGACCGUCCGAAACGCAUUCGUAGUCCGCCGUAGACCGUAUACCACCGGUAUUACCAGCGAAUACUUGUAUAAAUCGCCGUCCCGCGUCUGUUGUCGAUUUUCGAGAGGAAGUCUAGUAGCGCAGCCGAGUUUUCACGAAAACCGCCCGACGUCUAUAUUGCGACUCUCGUCCGCAGCAGAGUUUUUCGCAAGAAAAACCCGCCAAAAAAUAAACGAAACUAGACAAGUUGUCGACCCGCGUACCAUCACACGUACAAAUCCGAUUUUCACCGUUACUUAACGUGCACCGCCGUUCAGCAAGUCCGCUCGCUUUUCUUUUGCUUUCCACACUGGAGUUUGGAGCUUUCGGCCUUUUGUUGCACACGUUCGGCAAGUCCGUCAAUCCGUUACCACAUCAACGUCAACCGAGCACAAUGGCAGUAGCAGCAGCCCAGAAGAGCCGAGAGAUGUUCGCCAUCAACAAGACCUACAGCAUCGAGGUAACUUCCGUUUUUAUGUAAAAAAAAAAUAAUAAUAAUACCAUCGUCGUCUCGUAGUAGUUUUUGUUUCCGGGACGGCCGACAACAGGUUGUCUGUCGUCUUCCUAUUUGUCGGAUAAUUUAAUGAAAGAAAAAAAAAAAUGUAAAAAAAAAAAUAAAUAAAAAAUAAAAACACCGAUUACUAUAUUUUAUUGAUACGUGCGAUUUUACGAUAAAUUAAUUUGUACGCGAUUUUUUUUUCAAUUUAAUUUUUUUUGUUUUUUUUUUUUAUCGUUUCGAAAUUAAAUCGGAAAAAAAAACUGCUUACCGGUUCGAGUCGCCUUGAUAAAAUAAUAUGUAAACGCGGAGAUAUGCUCGCAGAUUUUAAUACUACUAUGUAUUAGGAAGGCGGAUUACCCAUGCAUUAUAACAGCGCGAUUGGCAUGAUAUCGCCACUUAAUUAUUUUUUAUUAUUAUUUUUUUUUUAUAUACGUACCAGACGCCGCGUUGCAUAUUGUUGUGUAUUACAAUUAUUACGAUUACAUUAAUUUUAAUUAAUUCCAAUACGCGUAAACGACUCACGCUCGGGAUACGUCCUGAUGAUAUUUUUCGUUUUCCGGGAUUCCGAAAAAAAAAAAAAAAAAAAAACGAUUACAAUAAUAAUUAUGUAAUAACAAUAAUAAUAAUAAUUGCAGUAGACACGCGCGCGAAUUACCCCCGGACAAAAAAAAAAAAAAAAGAACCGAAACGGAACCCGUAAGACGGCGUUUUGUGUAUGCAAACUUCUGGGCACUAAAAAAAACUAAUAAUUCUCUCGACCUGCGCGUCGUCGCCGCCGCAGAGCCGCGUUCAAGUCACCGGAGACUAUGCUGGCGUACCAAUAAUUAUUAUUUUUCUUUACGCAUACGCUUUUUUUUCUCUAUGUUUUUCUAUCGCCGCAGUUGCGCAAUGUCUUUUUUUUUUUUCCACGAUAAUAUCACUUUAAUGGAAUAUAAUAUAAUAUCGGUGCACGGGUGUAUUAUAAUAUAAUAUUAUAUGGGGAAAUUAUACUAUCGACGUUUCGGAUUGUAAUUAUUUAUUAUUAUUAUUGUUUUUUUAUUUUUUUUUUCUUCCGCCGAAGGUCUCUCGGAUGAAAAUCCCAUAUUACAUAGUCGGAAUGUAGAGAAAAAAAAUCGUUUCGAUUGUCUUUACCGACCGGCAACGGCGGCGGCACCAGCAGCAGGUAUCGCGUUAACAUUCUCCGCGUGAUAGCAGAAUUAUUAGAGAAAAAAAAAAAAUAAUAAUAAUAAUAAUAAAAAAUACAAUAAACCGACAACCUCUCCCUUUCAACCUUGUCUACGCGCGUCUGGGUCCUUGGAUUUUUCCCGUUUCCGCAUAAAUCCGCGUACGGUUUGAUCCACUUAUUAUAAUAUUAAAACUAUACGUUAUGUAACGCGUGCGGUUUUUUUUUCGAAACGCAUUUCGGUAAAUAAAUCGUUCGUAUUUUUCUUGUUUUCAUUGUCGGCCCGGUUUCAACCGCUACCCGUACACGAAGACGACCGCGUCAAUCGAAUUCGACUCCCCGUACACACGGUGACACCGUCUUCGCGGUACGAUCCGCCGGAGCGGGUUAAGGGUGCGGGGAGGUAGUGGAGGAAGAGAGGGGGUGGGGCGACGACGGACAAAUUCGGAUUUUCACCGGGAAAUAUUUUCCAACCAUAUUUCGAUCGGUUUUUUUUUUUUUUUGCAUCUCGUUCGAUCAACCCCGGAUUUCGCCGCGCUAACCGGGGGCCUACGACCGUGACGCAGUGUACACGCACCCAGCCGGCUGUACGACAAAUAAUAUUCGAUCGGGUGUUGCGAUAAACGAUUACGCCAUUUCGUCCGUUUUUCGUAAUGUGACAUUCGUUGUCGUAUCGACGACCGCGGCAGACGUGACCGACAACACUGUUUUCACUUCCGCUAAUCCGUUUACGCGUAACGCGGGCCGUUCGCUUUCGGUUUUUUUCCUCACCCCCCACCCCCCUCUUUUUCGGUUUUCUCGUUCGGUUUUGCCUCGCCGCCGGGGCUAUGGGGUGGGUAACACGGGGUAAGGAGGGGGGGGCUUGCCUUCCGACGCUUUCGCCGCGGAAAACUGUCCGGCAACGCCCCCCCCCCCCGUUUCUGUCCGGCUGACCGCGCAGCCGAUUAUUGCCCCGUUGCUGCCGCAGCUAGGUCAAGGCGAACCACCGGACGAUGAGUGUUUAACGAUACGUAAAUAUCGUUAUCGACGACGGUUGUCGGGCGAGAAAAAAACCCGCUAAAGAAACGAUUACAAUUAAACAGCAGAAACGGCCGUGUGCCGCGGACGAUGGGCUCGCGCGCGCGCACACAAACAACGUUUCGGCCGCUAAUUAUUUAAUUAAUUUUAAUGAUAAAUUGUUAUAUUAUCGGGUGAGCCGUAAUAAUAACAAUAUUUCGCUUUUUGUUUUGUUUUUUUUUUUUUUUUCAUUUCCAUUCGUCCGUCGAUGUACAAGAAAAAAAAAAACAUAAUAAUAAUAAUGAAAAGUACACGUACACACCGACUACGUCAUUGACCUAAAAUCUUUAGUGUUUUCUCCUCCUCUUCCGCCCCCCCCCCCCCUCCCGCACGACGAAAAAGUCACAAGGGCGGCGUGUAUGUAGGUAUCUCCGCCGCGGUAUAUUCGAAAAUCAAGAUUUUACUAUUAUCGCUUCGAGGCCGAUCGGCGCGAUGAUGGCCUUUUGCAGAGGCGAGCUAAUAAUUUUUUUUUUUUUUUGUGAAACAGUUGACUUUUACGACUCCUGAUAACUGCGCGCCAUAUAAAUAAAAUUCACAACUAGCCUCGAGUUGUUUUUUUUCUUUUUUUCAUCAAUUAUAAUAUAAAAAAAAUCGAUAAUAUUUUUGAUAAUGUUAUUCGACGCGGAAAGCUGUCGAUAUAAUAAUCCGACUUGAAUUUUCAACGAUUUUUGUGGUUUUUUUUUAAAAACAAUUUAUUAUCGAGAAUUCGUUUCGUUGUUUUUUCGCUCGAUUCAAAGCGUCUUAACGACGGCAAUACUCGUUUUCUCUAUUUCCUAUGAAAAAAAAAAAACACUUCCGACUAUAUAACAACAUUUUUACGUACUAUCGCGGUCAUUGCAUAAUUAUCAAUUUCACCCUUGAAAAUCGCAAACGAGCGACGAAACUUACAUUUAUUAUAAGCGAAUCUCCCGUACCCCGGCCCAUUUAUUAUAUCGUCAUUGUCGUAUUACAUAAUAUUAUACAGCGAGAGAGAAAAGCUGCGCGUGGGCUUACAGAGAGAAUAAAAAAAAAACCGUAGCUGAUGGCAAGUCAAGAGUAAAACGAUUUUUCCGGAUUUACCCGAGUAUAUAGCAGUCGUCACAAUACGUUUUUUUUUUUUUUACUCCGGGAUUUUUUAUACGCUUCAUUAUGUACGUGACCGAAUGAAAUCGCCGCGGUGGGUAAUUUUUUUUUUCCGGGCGUUUUUAUCGCAUCAAAUCGGCAAAAUAAAAAACCAAAAAAAAAAAAACACUGUUUACUUAUAUAUUUUUAUAUACACAACGACGACGGCGGUGGCGAAAUAACGAUAAUAAUGUCAAACUUUUUUUCGACCUCUGCGGACCCCCCUUCCUCCGUCUCCCCCCCGACACUAUCAUGACAACAACACUUUAUAACAUACUUGUCUCUGUUUUCGACACGGUUUUCGAAUUAAAUUCUGACACCGAGCCGAGUAGGUAAUUAUUAUUAUUAUUAUUAUAUUAUCAUUAUUAUUAAUCCACGUCAUCCAAACUGCAGCUGAUACGUCAACCGCACGCCGCGGUGUACUUCAACUAUUGUUGUUUUUAUAAUGUACGCGAGAUAAUUUACGUGACUUUUCGCAAAAUAUUUUUAUUUUUUUUUCUCUCCAUAUUUCGUUGUUUGUUUGUAUAUUUGUUACGAACAAUAUUACACAUACGGGGCGAUUUUGCUAUCGCGAGCCGCUGUAGUGACGCACUCGUUCAAAAUUAAUUCGGGGUGGCGAAAAUCGAAUAGUUAGCGUACAGCUCCCCGAAUCGCACCGAAUUAACAGAAUUAGCUUAGCCGUAUACAUUAUUUCGUUAUUAAUUUUCAAACGACUGAUUUGUUUAUGAUUUCUGACACAAUCUAUAGGUAUUUUAAUAGGAAAUAAAUAUCACGUGUAAACGAUAUUAUUCCGUGUAUUACGUAACGAUUCGAACGAAAAACAACGGAAAUCGAAUUUUCCGGAAAAUCUUCCGCUAAACCGCCGACAAUCACCCUGUAUACAUAAUACGUAUAUAAUAUAUAUAUAUUUAUUUAUUUAUCUGUUUCGAUACCUACGCACUUGCUUACCCGCCGCGUCCUCGCGUCUAUGCAUCGUCAACAUUGUCGUGUGCGGGUAAACGCUCUCCCGGGGGAAGUUUUCAAGGCGAUUCCGACACCCGCGUUACGUACAAUAAUAAUAAGCCUGCUGUAUUGUACGCACGUCGUCGAUAAUAUUAUAAUAUGUUAUGUUAUUAUUAUUAUUAUUAUUAUUAUUAUAUUACACGACACGACGCACAGCGCAUAACGGUAUGUCGUGAAAAGUGAAAGAAUUCGACGACGCAUUGUAAGUCCCCCUCCCCCCCCCCUCUUGCUCCCCGGACUUCAAAGUACACGCCAGAUACCUGUUAGAAUAAAUAGUCGCCUAAUCGUCGAUUAACUAUUCUAUAGACGACGGCAAUUACCCGACGACCAGCCCCCGGCACGUUGUUUUUCCCCCCCCCCCUCCCACGAUUCCGAGCGUUUGUAGUUACGGUUACGGCGAAAACACUUUUGUAAAAACACUUUUUCCUCGGUACCCGAAUUUUUCGGAAACGUUUCACGAUCACAACGACAACGGUAUAUUGGUAUAUUAUUAUAGUAACGACGGUUUUGUAUCCGAAAGCCGGAUUUUCAAUACGCGUUCACGCCCGAAUUUUCUACUUUGUUUUAUUCUCUUACGUUCUCAAUAAUAACCGUUUUUAUUUUUUUUUUGUUUUCGAUUUAUUUUCAGAACGGAUAUCCGGCGAGGAGACGUUCGUUGGUGGACGACGCCAGAUUCGAGACGAUCGUCGUCAAGCAGACGAAACAAUCCGUUUUGGAGGAAGCCCGUCAAUUGGCCAAUGGUUAGUAUAUACCGGAAAUAAUUAGUGGGUUUUUUUUUCGGGGGAGGGGAGGGGAGAGCGGGCGGGAAAGGAUAGGCAAUCGGUGGGUUCGCGGGUAUCUCCGGUGGCGGCGGAAACGGGUUUCGGCGGACGUCGCCGUCCUUGGCGGCCGUCGACACGUCACGCGCCGGCGUUUCCGACUUCCAAGAUCAACGCCGUAAUAACUCAAUUAAAAAGGAAAUAACGCGGCGGCUGUGGUUCGCAAACGGCGCGGUCUGUCCCGGGCACGUAUUACCGGUACGCGGCCACCGCUUCCGAGCCAUCGGCGGCGGCCGGCCGAACUUUCACGCACGCGACGAUGACCGUCGACGUGUCACCGUGUUGUUAUUGCGCUGUCUACGCGUCUUCGCCGCCGCCGCCGCCGUUGAAUUAUUUCAAACGGAUUGUUGUUGACAUUCAAGAUGUCCGUUCGCGGGGGUUUUCGCGAUGGCACUAUAAUCGUCGCGAACACCGCGAGCAAUAUGUACCCAUUCCGCCGUCGACCCACAACGCGCACAUCCGCACCGAGUUCGAACCGUCGCGCCACGGCGUGCUCCCGUCGUCUUUGCAGCGAUUCGGCCGUGUCUCCCUCGAUCCGCGGACAUAAUCAAUUACAGUUUCGUUACGUUAUUAUAAUAAUAUUAUCGGCGGUUUUACGCACCCGACCGACGACGCCAUGUACGUAACGGACAACGGUAAGACGACCGCGAUGUGUUGCCUGUGGCUUUUGGACGCUUCUUCGGCUUCGUUAGCCACGGACGCGGCCGUGGCGCAUUUCGCCAGCCGGAUCCAACAAAGCCGCCCCCGAAGUAAGUGACGACGACGUUCCGGUUACGAUAACGUUCGCCUUCGUUGGCCGUCACGGACGCGCGAAACCGCUCGACCGGACCGUCCGGAGACUUUGGCGCUAUAGUAUUAUUAUACUUAUUCGGGAUCGGUGAUAUUGCAGCACGGUCGACUGGGAUAUCGCGUGCGGUAUCGCCUGCGUUGCAUGCGAUAUGCGGUGCCCGCGAACCGAAACGUUCAUCCCGAUAAUAUCGCCCUCGGGCAAAGCUGUUGCCGUAACAGCUGUAGCGUUGCGCGAAAGGAUUCGCUUCGUCGUAGAGCCGCGCGGCUUUUGCACGGUUUCACGUACUUUAUCCGAGGUGGUUUAUUAUUUUUUUUUUCUUUUUCAAAAAUCCCAAUUUUUCGUGCUCGCGCUAGCAUGUGAAUAAUACGCCAACGAAUAUAUAUAUAUAUAUAUGUAUAUGAAUCGAUUACGCGAUUAUCGUGAUUGUGUGCGCGGGCGUUAAUUGGGUUUCGUUAACAAACUGUUAUGAUAUUGUAAUGGAUAUCGUUUGCAUCAAUUACCCGUUUACCACUGGGUUUUACGAAUCCGGACUACAGUGGCCGUGUUCGUAAGCAAAGCAGUUAAAACGUGUACGGGGUAUCUAAUUGGCUGCGUGUUAUUAUUACGGAUACCAUUAUAACUAUAUUAUUGUAGUCGUUACGCGAUUGCGUUAUGAAGACAAUAUUAUUAUUAUAAAACGCGUUACGGUUACAGAAAAAAAAAAAAAUAUAUAUAUAUGCAUACACAUAUAUUUAUUUAAUACAAUAAAUAAAACCAGUUUAAAAUUAAAUUAUUGUGUUUUCGUGGGUAACGCGUUUGUAUAGGCGGUCUUAUCGGUUUUCAAUGCGUUUCGAAGGUCGGGAGACAAACGCACGCGCACAAUAAUACGAUAAUUACGACCCACACGGGUUUUGCGUAAUCGUGCGUUGCAACAAUACUCACGCGUAACUUGGCGCACGGGCACGCGUUAUCAUACUCACCGCGCUAUUUGAAUACCGCGCACCGUACGCGUCCGCAGGGUAAACAACGCAAUUUCUGGACGGCACGCCGGUCGCGGGAUACUCGACGAAUAAGCACACCCCGGUAACGGUGCGAAUAAUAUUGACGGCGCCGCGUCGCUAGAGAUGACGGGCGACAUCGCAGUGUACUGCGACAAAAGUAUAUUAUAACACGGUCACCCGUAUUGGCGUACAAACGUUUUCGUAAUUUUUUUUUUUUUUAUGUUUUUAUUAGAAUUUUUUUUUUGCAUGGAUUGUAUUUUUCAUUCGUAUAUUGUAUUUUAUUAUUUGUUAGUUAACGGUCAGUACGACGAUUUCGAAGAUCAGAAACUCAACGGACACCAUCACGACGAUAACGGUAAUAAUGAUAAAUUGUAUUUGGUCUUUUUUUGUUUUUGCGAUCAUUAUCGUUUAGAAUAUUUUUUCGCCUGUUAUUGCCGCACGAUUUAUUGUAGUUUUGUUUUUAUAUGGCUUAUUUUUUUUUUUUUUUUUCCCGUUUAAUAUAGAAAUAGAAUCGUCCGAAUCGUCCGAACCGUCGUCCGACAACGAUGACUCAGGUAAAUGUCUACAUUAUUAUUAUUUUUGCUAUUUCAUAUUAUUCAGUAUUACGAUUCGAUUACGUAUUUUACGCGCCGAUAUUUCCAAUAUUCUCCGAUUCCCAUUUCGCCCUCGAUCCUCCCGUCUAUAAUACCGUCUCCGCUCCCCGUUUCACUGCCGGUUUAGCGGCACUCUCGCCGCGGCGGGGAAUUUCCCGCGAAAACGGCUCCGGGGGGGGGGGGCUUUUAUCAAUAAUUCCUCGUCCUUUGACGCGACAAUAAUAAUCAUAAAUUGCCCGCCGGCUAAGUAUAAUAUAAGUACUCGGUAGUAUAUUACGGUCGGACGGGCAUCGGCAAAAGAAAAGACCGGAACGGCACUUUAUAGCCGUCGACGGAAAUUGCGCUCGGUCGUUCGUCUCCUCUGUACGAUGCAUACCUAUAGAUUUUGUACCUCCAUGACCGGGAUCCUAUUAUCGCGUUUCCGGCCGCGCACAUCAGAGACUAAGGCGUUUCAAUAAUAUUAAAUCUCCGUCACGUGUGCCCGCAGAUGCCGGACUCACGGAGGAAGAGGUGCUUUUGGAAAAAGCAGCCAGCCAAGACAAAGACGCCGAGAUGGCCGUGCAAAGGGCCACUCUUGUGUUGCGUCUGCGCGAAGGCAUCAACUCUCUCGCCCGUGUACUUAAAGUAAUCGAGGUACGUCGAUAUAUAUAAAUAAUAUUAUUAUGCCGUUCGUAUAUUUUCACGUGCAUAAACGAUUAUUAUAAUCGUCGCGUGUUGUUUUACUGCAGAAUGGAAAAGGCAACGUCGUUCACUUGGAAUCGAGACCGUCGAAGGAACAAGGCGUUCAAUUCGACGUUUUGGCCAAAGUGGACAUGACCAGGAAAGACCUGUUGGCACUGAUGAAGACGCUCAGACAAAGUUCCACAUUGGCUAACAUCGAGAUUCUGGCCGAAGACAACGUAAACGUCAAGAACCCGUGGUUCCCGAGACACGCUCGCGAGCUGGACAACUGCAAUCACCUGAUGACCAAAUAUGAACCGGAACUGGACAUGAACCAUCCCGGAUUCUCCGACAAGGUUUACAGAGCCCGCAGGAAGGAUAUCGCCAACAUCGCUUUCAAUUAUAAAUUGUAAGGAUACUGCAGCUAGGUCUAUUUGCUCACUUAAUUAAUGCCUAUAAAAUGAAAAUACUAUUUUUCGCAUACACAGCGGCGACUUGAUCCCGAAAAUCGACUACACCGCCGAAGAGGUGGGCACAUGGACCGCUGUGUUCAACAACGUUUUGGACUUGAUGCCUAAACACUUUUGCAUGGAGUACAGGAACGCUUUCAAGAUGUUGCAGGACGACGGCAUCUUUACCGCAGAAAAGAUCCCGCAAUUGUACGAGAUGUCCGACUUCCUGAAGAAACACACCGGUUUCACCCUCCGCCCGGCCGCCGGUCUGUUGACCGCCCGUGACUUCCUCGCCAGCCUCGCGUUCCGCGUGUUCCAGAGCACCCAAUACAUCCGGCACAAGACUUCUCCUUUCCACACUCCCGAACCGUAAGUGUCCAACGCAAAUAUUAAGUUAGGUAAUUGCCAGUGUACAGUAGUGUCGUUGUUACCAAAGAUUUCCUAAAUGCGUUGCCCAUUAAUGUAUAGAUACGAGAGGCUUUAUUAUGGGAUGCAUUUUUCACUGCCCUUCGCCGUAAGUGCAUGGUAUUCUCGCGAUCGGUUGAAUUGUAAUUUAUCGACUAUGUACCUGAUAAUAUAAUAAUACGAACCAAAGCGAAUUUAAAUCGAAAUUAUUAUUAGAACAUAAUAUAAUAAUAAUAAUAUUUAUACUAUGGCGAUAUCGAAUUACAUAAAUCUCUUCGGGACAAAUUGAACGGGACAAAGUCGACAAGCCGAUUACGACGGGUAAAAGACAAUUUCCUUUCCGGGUCCUGGCGUUUUACUCGAUUCUAAAAUGGCGGCGUGGUGACAGGAUGGUGAAAUGAGGGUGGAAAUAAACCUUUUUUGUUCGUACCUACCUAAAUACCUAUAUAAAGGGGCGCCGGUGAUUCGAUUAAGUACACGAGUUUAACAUCGCUUUUAUAAUGUAAUAAUAUAAUAUUAUACAGAUUGCCCCGUUACACGGUCGUAAUACUAUUAGAGUACCUAUACGUUUUAUGAUUGGGUUAUGAACGGAAACGAUAAUGUAUAGGAUCGCUCAUAAUAAUAAUGUACCGGUGCCGGCGAUAAUAAAUUGUUAAUAAUAUACGCGUACGCGGCGGCGUUUCGCGGGAAAUCGUUAUAGUAUACUUACUUAUUUACUUACUCGUACUUACUACAGGGAUUACAUUCACGAAGUUCUCGGGCACAUGCCCCUGUUGGCCGACCCGAGUUUCGCUCAGUUCUCGCAAGAACUCGGUUUGGCGUCGCUGGGCGCUUCCGACGAAGAAAUCGAAAAGCUGUCGACCGUCUACUGGUUCACGGUCGAGUUCGGUUUGUGCAAGGAACACGGCGAAGUAAAGGCCUACGGCGCCGGACUGCUGUCCGCCUACGGAGAACUGUUGCACGCCGUCUCCGACAAACCCGAACUCAGACCGUUCGAGCCGUCCAUCACCGCGGUCCAACCGUACCAAGACCAAGAGUACCAGCCCAUCUAUUUCGUCGCCGAGAGUUUCGAAGACGCCAAGGACAAGUUCAGGUACAAUAUUACGACACUGAUAGUAAUAACGCCGGUUACUUGCGGGCCGUAUACGUUUGGUAUAUAAACGAUAUGUUAAUGUAUCGCGACGUUUUUUUAUUUAUCCGCACAGGAAAUGGGUUUCGACCAUGUCCCGACCGUUCGAGGUCCGGUACAACCCGCACACCCAACGGGCCGAGAUCCUGGACUCAGUCGAUCAGCUCAACGGUCUGAUGACGCAGUUGAACUUGGAAAUGUUACACUUGAACACCGCGCUGAACAAGUUGAAAAUGAGAUCCGGUUAAAAUGCCGACGACUAAAAAUUCUCCCGGGCCCACGCGCAUGUACAUUCGUUAUUAUAAUUACCUAUAUACACUUUCCUACUGCACCGCGGGGUUUUUUUUUUUUUUUAAAGAACCUAUUUAAACUAUACUAUCGUAAUAUCAUUUCAUUAUACAUAAUGCGUAAUUAAUUUAUAUAGUAAUUAUUACCCGCGCGUCGUGUAAUAUUAUUAUCGCGGGUAAUACAACAACAAUAAUAUUGUGUCAAUGCGUGUGAUGUCUUCGGCGUGUUUCUAGUCACCGGUUUUAGGGACGACGGGACGAUUUUUAUUUGUAUUUUUUUUUUUUUUUUUUUUUUUUUUUUUGUCUUUUCUAUACCGGCAAGAUCUCUAUUUAUACUUACAUAUUAUAUAUAUAUAUUACUUCGCUCGUGGUAAUAAUACUUUCGAAAAAAUAGUAUUUUUAUUUUUUUUUUUUUUUUUCUAUUAUUAUUAUUAUUUAUUGCACGUUUCGCCGCCGCUCAUAAACCGCACCCCCUCCGCGACCCCUAGUCGCCGCCGGGACGUGUGCGCCCCAUUCACACAGAUUUAUUAUAAUAUAUUUUAUUUUAUUAUUAUUAUUAUUAUUAUUAUUAGGUAUACACCUUCGUCGUACACCCUCUAUAAUAUAAUAUUAUUAGUGCAUACAAUAUAUUAUCUGCGUCCAUAUCAUAACAUACUGUACACCACUGACGCGCGCGCGUAUCAUCGUCCGGGGCGGCGGGGCCGUACGACUCUCGGGUCCGUUUGCGUUUUGGACCAUCGCAUUUCGGGCAGCGUACGGUUUUACGGGUCCGCCGUCCGGGUUACGCGCAGUUUCACCCUGUACAUUAUAUUAUAGUAUUACGCGAAUCGUAUACUUUCUCUCUCUCUCUCACUCUCUCUCUAUCUUUCUUAAUUUAUUUCUUAUAAUAUUAUUUAAUGAAAUUAUUAAUAUAUUAUUAUUUCUAUUAUUAUUAUUGUACGCGGCCCGUGUACACUCUGUGCACGGUUGUCGCGUUCUCUUAUAUUUAUAGCUGUAAGAAUCUCUUUUUUUUUUUGUUUGUUUAAUAUUCGUGUCCGUCUCGUGUGUGGAACGGACGUCCGACGCGUUUCUUCGACUCAGUGUCUUCAGGAGGAGCCUAGGUCGAUUUUAUAUAUUAUUAUUAUUAUCAUAUAUAGUUUAUUUAUAGCCGUUAAGCCGUUUUCUUUUAUCUUAAUCCCUGUUUACAUAUGUAUAAUAUAUUAUAAAAAUUUAAAAAAAAAAACAAAUUAUAUUAUAUUUAACAAAAUUAAUUAUUUCGCUUAUAUUAUGUCCGCCUAUAUAAUAUUAUUUAAUAUGUAUAGACGGAUGAAAAAAAAAUUAUUGUUCGUAAAAACAAAUCAAAUAUUGCAUUAUUUAUAAAAUAAUAUAUAAUUAUUAAACUUAUA